AUGCCUUCUUUUACCAUUGAAGCCGAAGGCGAGGCCAAUCCUCUGUCCAGGGGACUGGUAAUUAGCACCCUCCUCAGUGCUCAACAUCAUGAUUUUCAGGCCUUGAAAGUCUCUACACAGCAGCUUUUGAAUUGGGAAAAGACACCUAUGUACUAUUCCAUGCUUCAAGACAUCUAUGCCGAUCUCGCUCUCCCCAAAGAUGUCAGAUUUCAAGCGAUUAUCCAGCUCAAGAAUGGGAUUGACAAAUACUGGCGAAAGACUGCGACACAUUCUAUUGACAAGGAUGAAAAGCAGCAGAUCAAAACAAGGUCAAUCGAUGCUGGGUUAAGAGAGCCGGUGCCAGCUCUGGCUCUCCAGAACGCGCUGAUGGUAGCAAAAAUUGUGCGGUAUGAAUUUCCUCAUGACUGGCCCGAUAUUCUUCAAGUCAUCCGACAGCACAUACGGUCAGCUGGCCACGACAACCUCUACACCUCGAACAUCUUUAUGAUCACACUACAAGUUGUCAAGGAGCUGGCGUCCGGGAGGCUCCAGCGUACCAAGAAAAGUCUCCAGCAAGAGUCAGAUGGACUUGUGAGCGACCUUUUGAACGUCUACACUUCCUUGGCGUCGGGCUGGCACACUAGCCUGGGAAGCAUGCAAGCCGAUCCCAACAGCUAUUCAGGACUAAAAAUCCUGAGACGUUUGGUGGUUGUAGGCUUCGAGAGCCCUCACCGACACGACGUGGUCAAGCACCUGUGGGUGAUCCUGCAUUCUGAGCAGAAGGCUUUCUGGAAAGAACUGAAUCUUGAAGAAUCCUCGGAGAUGAAGGCCAUGCGUUUGAAACAUCUUCUACAACUAUCAAAGCUCUAUCUCGAGAUGGCGCGCAACCACCCGGCCUCAUUCGUACUGCUUGGAUGCGCGGAUAUCUUGGAUCAUGCUUGGCUUGUCAUUAACCACAAUGACGCCAAACCCGCUCUUCAAGGCAAUUUCGACUGGGCGGUGUAUCGUAGCGGAGAUGUCACGGACGAAUCCCCGAUAGAGAAAUUGUCGUUGAAAGCGUUGCUCUUGUUCCGCGCUUGCUGCAAAAUGGUUUUCCACCCAGUCCAGACUUUCAAAUAUCAGACGCCACAAGACAAGGAAGAACGCAAACAGGCUGUGGAGUUUGUCAAGAGUAGCGUCUUGACUGAUGCAUUUGUUAUUCAGCUCAUGGAACUUCUGGUUACGCAGUAUUUUGUUCUGCGCCCUUCCGAUCUGAGGGAGUGGGAGGAAGAACCCGAUGAAUGGGAGAAAAGAGAGGAGGAGAUCGCUGAUGCAUGGGAGUUCUCUAGCCGCUCUUGUGCGGAAAAACUCUUUCUUGACCUUGUCAUCAAUUUCAAAGAGUUGCUUGUCCCGCGAUUACUCGAUGUGUUCCGACAAUACGCGGUGACGACAAACACCAACAUCCUCCUGAAGGACAGCCUGUAUUCCGCUAUUGGUAUCUCCGCUGCCUGCUUGGAGGACGUCUUUGAUUUCAACACCUUUCUCCGGACGACACUCGUCCCUGAAGUGCAAAUCAAUCAACCCAACUAUAGGUUGUUACGACGGCGGAUAGCGAUAUUGCUUGGUCAGUGGGUACCGAUCAAGCCCGAGACGAUUGACAGAGUCGCCGUCUAUCAGAUAUUCACCCACUUGAUCGCGAGCGGUGAGCAGCUUAACGAUCAUGUUGUUCGGGUCACCGCGGGUCGCCAGCUUCGCCUUGUUUUGGAACCCUUUGAGUUCAAGUUCACUGACUUCCAGCCAUACGCCGACCCUCUCCUGAAAGGCUUGAUGUCUUUGAUAGCAGAGACCGACUUGUCUGAGACAAAGAUGGCAUUGCUUGAGACCGUAAGGGUAGCUGUGACCAAGCUGGAAGGUCAAAUAGAGCCAUACGCUCAGGACAUAAUGUCCAUGCUGCCACCACUAUGGCUUGGUUCAGGAGACGAGCAUCUGAUGAAACAGGCAAUCCUGAGUAUGAUUACUGCUAUCGUCAACAGUCUAGGACGGAAGAGCCUGUCCUACCACAAUGCCAUCUUACCCAUCAUCCACGACUCAGUACAGCCCGAGUCUGAAGCCAUUGUCUAUCUCUUGGAGGAAGCACUCGACUUGUGGGCCGCUAUCCUUCAACAGACUCCGUCUGAUCAGGCAUCGCCGGAGCUACUGAAGCUCUCUCACUCUCUACUACCUCUUCUCGACAUUGGCAGCGAGCUCCUGCGGCAGAUCUUUGAGCUCAUCGAAUCCUACACCAUCCUCUCGCCGACCACGAUCCUAGCGCCGGAAUUCUUAACGCCCCUACUCACGUCGUCAAAAGCCCUCUUGCCGAUGCUGGCAUCCAGCCGUGCUCGCGAUGCGGCUUUGGCUCCCCAUGUCAUCGAGUACUUGAUCGCGACUGUCUCAGUGGAAGGGUAUAGCCAGCACGAUUCACGGCAGGCCCUUAUGCAUGCCCUUGAUUCCAUGCUCAAUACCGGCUAUCUUUCGUCCCUGCUUGGUCUACUGAAAGAAGCGUACGAGUACCACGAGGAUCCUCGACCUAGUAAACGACCUCCAGAUAUCAUUGGGCCAGGUGAGACCACACUGUUCACCGUGCUCUCGCGGGCGGUGAUCCUCUUACCAGAACAAACCUCACAGGCCAUUCUUGCGACGAACGUCACCACGACUUCUUCUCCCACAACGAUGCACUGGCUCCUGACCGAAUGGCUCCAGUCCAUCGACAGUAUAGGGGACAUCCUGCGCAAAAAACUGCAGGUCAUUGCCUUGACCAGUCUGUUUGCCGUCUCUGGCCCUCCCGUUUCCACGCUCAUGCUGGAAAACCUGCAGUCUCUGCUCACCAUCUGGACCGAUAUCGUCGUCGAGCUGGGCCAGGAAGCCGCCGAGGAGAGCCAGGGCGACUAUCUCUGGCAUAACACGCCCGGAGAUGUGCCCGAGUGGCCUGACCACACCCCUGAAGACAGCCGGAAGAGAGUGAUUAGUAAUGCUGAUCCUAUCUACGGCAUAAACAUCAGGCAGUUCAUUGCGAAUGCGCUGCGCGCGACCAUAGACCGCAACGGCGGCCCACAGGUAUUCGAGCAGGAGUGGUUGUCCCGGAUCGACUCGGUCGUGCUCAAGUCUUUUGUCGAUUUGAAGCUGUUGUAG